GAUAUAACUACAUUUCUACAAAACGACAAAAAAACUAACGUUACAAAAUUACAAAUAACGUCAAACCUCGAACUACAGCGUCUAACCCGCGACACAGCUGCUCAUCCAAUCAGCACGCAGCAUUUCUCAGCGUGGGCGGGGUUUGAGGUUUAUCAGAGGAACCGCAUCGUCAGAGAGGAGCAUCCCCCGGUCUGAGGAUCCGAGAAUUAACACUUUACUCCGGUUUACACUGUACACAGCCGGUUCCUGCAGCCAAAAGCGGCGCGUACAUGUAAAAACAAACGCGUGAGACCAAACCGGACAGCCCGGUUUAGUGUUUUAGCCCGUUUAAACCCUCAGCAUCUGAGAUACAGGCCGCCUGUGUUCCCUGCUCAAGUACACCAUCAGCUCCUGCAGACUGGCCCAGAGGAAAACCUCAGCCUGCGGGGGAAGAGCUCCACCGUCUUUAGCCUGAAUAAUGAAUCGUCUUUGUUCUGUCAACAAUAAUUUUCCCUACGACAAUAACCUCUUAGUGCUGGACAUGAUCCUGAGCUCACUAUGGGGAGUGCCACAGCCAAUCAACUGGGAGAAUGUUGCUCGGCUUGUUCCUGGAUUCACACCGAAAGAGUGCGCACGCAGGUUUGAUGAACUGAAGAGCACUGGAACUUUUCCUCUAGUGGACGAACAGUGUAAUGGCCUGACUGCAGCCAGCAGCUCUCCAUCUGAGCCGCUGUCUGCUUACAUCAGAUCCACAUUAUUGGAUAUUACUGCUGAGACGGGAGCACCACGGACCAAUCAGAGCACACUGUCAGCAUCAGGCCCGAAUAAGAGCCCUGCUGUUAGAGGAUCCAGGGCUGAAGAUGAGAGAACCGUAGCUACAGAGGAGCGAGAGAAGGAAGACAGAGAGAAAAGUCCAACCAUGGUGAUCCACGUGUGUGAUGAAGCAAAGAACCUGAAGCAGGACUUUUCCUGUCCCCGAGAUUUGCUAGUGAAAGAGAUGCGCUAUUUUGAAGAAUACCUGUCGGUGGAUACGCAGCGCUGGGAAGAAGUAGACAUUUCAGUGCAUUGUGACAUCCAGAUAUUCGACUGGCUUAUGAACUAUGUCAAGAGAAACUCAGCUGCCCACGAACCAGGAAAACACAUCGACAAACACAAACUGGAGCCCAGCAACGUCAUCUCUAUCCUGAUCUCAUCCGAGUUCUUGAAGAUGGAUACUUUAGUGGAGGAGUGUAUUCAGUACUGUCACAAACAUAUGAGCGCCAUCGUAAGCACGACGUGCAACAUGAGCUGCAUCAACAGCAACCUGGCCAGUCGUAUCGCUGUGCUGUUCACACACAACCAGGCUGACGACAUCAAAGACAAAAAGGACAAGUUCAAAAGUAAGUUGUUUCAGAAAAAGAUUGAGAAGCUGUUUGAUCCUAAUUAUGAAAACCAUGACUCUCCAGGAAAUGCUUCUACACUGUACAGGUGUGGUCUUUGCCUUAAGCUUUUGACCAAAGACACUGAGAAGAAGAUCUCUUGUGUUCCAGGCAAAAUUAACAUUAACCCUCGAGGGAACAUCAUCUAUACACACUCCCGACAUAAGGGCUGGGACAUUCAUGAGUAUCUAAACAGCCUGUAUGAAGAGCUGAGAUCCUGGGUGCUGGUCUACUGGAGGAUCUGGGGCACCAUCAACUUCCUCACCUGCUCUCACUGUAAACAGGUGUUCCUGUGCUGUGACCUGGCCCAGUGCAGGUAUCACCCAGAAGCUGUGGUGUACCCAGGCAUGGGCGCAGACCGCAGCUGGCAUGGUGCUGGAUUUUAUCCCUGCUGCAAGCAGAGGGCUCUUCGCUUUGACCCUGCUGCCAUGCCCAGGGGUUGUAAGGUGAGGGAUCAUGUGGUCAGUGUGUGGGAAGGUCUGGACUGUGAAGAUAACGUGAAUCCUAACCAGACCAGGAUCCUGAACGACUUGCUGCUCCACAGAGAUGCCGUGUGUGUGUUCAGCACACAUACUACUGACAGGUCUACGGAGUCUCCUGCAGGGGGCGAGCCAACACCAGAUUGUGCCAUAGAGCCUGGAGUCCUGAAUGUUCAGAGAGUUGGAGAAACCACAGGUUUUUCACUGCUGAAGAACUGGAGUCUCCAACUAUGGCAGCAGUCUCUCCUGUCUGAGGAUGAGGACUACACCACGGGGUCAGAGGUUACUGAGGACGAAGUUGGGGAUGAAGAAGACGCUUCAAAGAAACAAGCUGCAAAGAAGGCCAGAAAAUCAGGCCGACCUCUGAAGAGACAGGUGUCCUCCCCCAGCAUACAGCGCAAAGAGAAAAACGGAGAGAAAGCAUCUUCAAGGGACUCCACCCCAUUCACUGUGAGCAUGCAGAAGAGUAAAUGGGACAGCACUCGUUCUUUGAGGUUUAAUCAGGAUGCUCAGAGGGAGGAAGACCAGAGGAGAAUGGUGGAGAUUAUAGGUCAUCUUACAAAAAUGCGUUUUGGAGAUUUGGAGCAGAACAAGUUCAAGGACACUAAAGAGCUUGCAGGAGGUAUCUACUCCAGGUUGGAAGCCCAGUUUAAAAGCUCCACUCAGCCAAGUGGCCGACAAAGCAGUUCAGAUAAAACACUCCGGCUGAAGACGCGCUCGGGACAGUCUAGACCCACAUAAAGAAAAAAGAAGAGAAGCGGCAGAUGCAAUGAGCUGAGGAGUCUGUGCCCACACCCCACUAGUCAAAGCUCACUUGGACCAUCACAGACAGACAGAAACAGGGAAAUUUCUAAAGCCAUAAAGAAAACAGUGCGGUUUAACAUGCAAAUUUGAUUGAGUAAGUGGAGUUGCACUGAAAUGAGCCAUGGAGAAUCUCCUGGAUUUCUCCUUGCCCAUCAUGCUGCUUGCUUCGUAAAUGUUUAAACUGGUAAAAAUGUUAGUCUAGUGAACUCUCAUUUACCCUGUUUUCCAGUCAGCCAAGGCUUGUUUGAUGUCUAUUUUUUUCAUUUACAUAUGCAAAAUUAUCCAAACCAAUCUAGCUGGUGAGCAGUUGCGUUUAAAUUGUUUUAAAAACAUGUUAUAUUUGGUUUGAAUAAACAGUCCCAAAAAGCAACACAUUAGGCUGUGAUCUGAAGAAAUUCAAAAACAGAUGAGGAAACAAAGUCAUUGACCUCUAUCAGUCUGGAAAAGGUUACAAAGUCAUUUACACGACUUUAGGUCUCCAGUGAACCACAGUAAGAGCUAAUAUUCACAAAUGAAAAAAAAAUAAGGACCACUGGUGAACAUCAUACUUUAAUGUAAAACAUGGUGGUGGUAGUGUAAUGGUCUUUGCUGCUUUAUGACCUGGACAACGUGCUAUAAUAGAUGGAACCAGGAAUUCUGCUGAUUACCAGACAGUCCUGAAGGAGAAUGUUCGGCCAUCUGUUCCUGACCUCAAGCUUAGGAGUACUUGGGUUCUGCAGCAGGACAUUGAUCCAAAGCAAGUCCACCUCUAAAUGGCUUAAAAAACAAAACGGAGGUUUUGGAGUGGCCUAGUCAAAGUCUGAUUGAGAUGCUGUGGAUGAUCUUAAACAGGCUGUAAAUGCUCAAAAACCCUGUAGUGUGUCUGAAUUAAAACAAUUCUGUAAAAAAGAGUAGAACAAAAUUCCUCCACAGAGAUGUGAAAGACUCAUUACAAGUUAUCAGUAAAACUUGAGUGCCAAGAGUGGAAAGUUUUUAGUUUUAGAGAGUUAUUAGUUUUAGGGGCACCUUCUUCACAAAGGGCUAGAUUGGUUUGGAUAGUUUUUUCCUUUAAUAAAUAUAUGUCAGUAUAUUCAAUUUAUCAAAUAUAAACCACAGUGACAAAAGCAUUAGUGAGGUAAUAAUGUUGGCUCAUAAUCUAAUCAUCCCAACUCCGCAACUCAUCUGGCAUUAGGCUUAAUGCAAAUAAAUUCAUGUUUAUGUGCUUCACAGAGAGAUAAUAUGUCGGUGUGUUUGCACAUCUGUGUCAGCAAUAGGUGCUUAAAAAUUUACAUAUGUAUUAUUAAACAUAUUUUUGGCAUACAUACAAGUCAAAAGUUUGGACACAUUUCAUUCACUGUUUUUCUUUAUUUAAUCUAUUUUUUACAUUGUAAGGUAAUAUUAAAGACAUGAAACACAUGACACAUAUGGAAUUAAACAGUAUAUAUUGUUCAGCACCUCCAGGAACUCCUUCAAGACGCUGAGAAAACAAUUCCAGGUGAUUCUCCCUGAUGAAGACUCUAAGAUUAAAAUAACAUCAGUGUGCAGAUCUGUCCUCAACAUAAAUGUGAUACUUAGAAGAAUCCAAAGUAUAAAACAUAUUCUGGUUGUUUAACACUUUUUUGUUUACAGAAUAAAUGUGAAUGUGUUCCUGUAGAGCUUUAGUAUCUUUUAUAUUAAAUUUACAAUAUAAAAAAUCAUAAAAAAGAAACAUAUUGAAUGAGAAGAGGUGUGUCCAAACUAUUGACUGGUACUGUAUUUACCCUCACCAGCCACUUUAUUUGGUACACAUGUCUAACUGCACAUUAAAGCAAAUGUCAAAUCAACCAAUCACAUGGCAGCAGUUCAAUGCAUUUAGGCAUGUAGACAUGGCCAAGACGAUCUGCUGCAGUUCAAACCGAGCAUCAGAAUGGGGAAGAAAGGUGAUUUAUGUGACUUUGAACAUUUGAAUGGUCGUUGGUGACAGGCUGGUCUGAGUAUUUCAGAAACUGCUGAUCUACUGGGAUUUUCACGCACAACCAUCUCUACGGUGGUGGUGGUGGGAUAGUGUGGGGGAUAUUUUCCUGCCACACUUUGGGCCCAUUAGUACCAAUUGAGCAUUGUGUCGACAUCACAGCCUACCUGAGUAUUGUUGCUGACCAUGUCCAUCCCACAGUGCACCAGUAUCUUCUGAUGGCUACUUCCAGCAGGAUAAUGCUCCAUGUCAUAAAGUGUGAAUCAUCUCAGACUGUUUUUUUGAGUUCACUGUAUUUGAAUGGGCUCCAGAGUCACCAGAUCUCAAUCCAGUAGAGCAGCUUUGGGAUGUGGUGGAACAGAAGAUUCACAUCCUGAUGUGCAGCCGAUAAAUUUGCAGCAACUGCAUGAUGCUAUCAUGUCAAUACGGAGCAGAAUCUCUAAGAAAUGUUUCCAGUACCUUGUUGGAUCUAUGACACAAAGGAUUAAGGCAGUUCUGAAGGCAAAAGGGGGUCCAACCCGGUACUAGCAAGGUGUACCUAAUAAAGUGGCCGGUGAGUGUAUAUUUAAUUAUAAAGAUUUAAAAAUAUAUUUCUUUUAGCUCUUGCUUUAAAAGAUAUAUGACAAAUGUAUAUUUGUUAAUACUUCACUUAAGGAUAUGCUACCUGUUUAAUUAAAGUGUAUUUUAAUUUAAUGAAUGUAAUAAAAUACAUUUCUUUUUAAUCCAAUACCUUCACAACGAUUUAUAAUCAAACAGUAAUAAAUUACAUUAUUGUCAUUUUAAGACAACUUUAUGCCAUGAAUAUAAUGAUAAUAUAACAGUGUACUAAUGCAUUUACAAAUUGCUUUUAAAGACUAAUUAACUUUUAAUUAUUCAGACAUUGCGUAUAUAUGAAUAUAAUGAAAAUAAAAAUUCCAAAUAAAGAACAUAAUAUUAAUUGUAACAGCUAAUAUACAUUAAUAAUUAGCUAAUUUCACAUGCUAAUUAAUAUUAUUGGUCUCUUUUCAUUAGGUAAUCUAUGAUAUAUAUAUAUAUGGUAUGAUUUAAUGUAAUUAACAUACAGUGCCUUACAAUUUUAGGCCCCCUUGAACUUUUCAACCUUUUGCCACAUUUCAGGCUUUAAACAUAAAUAAACGUAUCCAGGUGUUUAAAUAACAAAGUCAAAGUCCAGACCUGAAUCCAACCGUGAGAAUCUGUGGAAACUGCUGUUCACAAACAAACGCUCUCCAUCCAACCUCACUGAGCUCCAGCUGUUCUGCAAGGAAGAAUAAGCAAAAAUUUCAGUUUCUCGAUGUGCAAAACUCAUAGAGACAAAAUGAAAUGUGGCAAAAAGUUGAAAACUUCAAGGGGGAAUUCUUUUGCAAGGCACUGUAAGUAUUGUAAGAUGCGUUAAUGUUGCUAACAAGUAGUAAAUGUUUGUAUUAUGCUAAUUAGCAUGGUGCUAAUGGUCUUGCUGAUAAUGUUUCUCGCACUGUUUGAUAUAAAAGGACAUCUAAAAAGAUAAAAGCAUGCUACAUUAGCAGCAGCUGUCUUGAGCCUGAAAUCUGGCUUUAGAUUUGUACGUUAGCCUCAUAGCUCCAACACCACUCUCCAAACAUGUCUUGACUGAUGGAUUACAUUAUGGGAAAUUAGAUUUUUCACUAUUACGUCUAUAACUUACUCCUCUUCUCUAUAUCUGUAAUUUCUCUCAGCUGUUCCCUGACUUACUGCUUCUGUAUCUGCAUUAGUCUAUUAUUCUUUUAGCCCUAAUCUCAGGUGUCUCUAUGCACUUCACCUCUGUAGUAUCCUGCACUUUAACUCUUCUGGAGUUCUGGAGCUAGAGGCAGUGUCCAAAUCCAAGGUGGACUGUCCCAACCACACCAAAUCUACACAAAAGGACACCUAAUCUACAAUAAAGAAUAAGAAAUGCUUCCUAAACUGA